CUCAUCUCAGGCUGAUGUAGAACAGUGGUUUAAUGUCACACUGCUUCACUACCUGCCCUACCUCAGCUCUCAGCUCAUCAGCUCCACCCAGCUCAGUGGUGCCUCUUGUCUGUCAUACAGGAAACUGGUGUCCAUCCUAGGGGACAACUACAUCUUUGCUGCAGCUGAUUUCACCCCAGCUGAUGUGUACAGCUCUAUUAAAGAGUAUUUAAGCAGCGGCAAUGGCAGCCCUCGCUGCUAUAACUCUUCAGAUCCUCUUCUGAACUCCACUGCCUGGUUUGUCGAUAAUAUCGGAUUCUUCAUCACCUUCAUCACCCUCACUGAUCUUCAAUUAUUCUUAUCAGGAAACAUGUCAAGUGUGUUCCUGAAGAACUCUGAAAAUCUUCAGUUGUUCAACAAUGCAAACAUUUCAGCCAGUGUCCUGCAGUACUACACAAGAGAGUUGUACCUCCAGAAUCCUGACUUCAGCCCACUCAGAUUGCCACCUGAGCUGCUGUGUCAAAGUCCUUCCUCCAUGUUUGUUCCUCUUGGAGAUGCAGACAUUCAGACCAUCCUCACUAAGAUCAACAACUUCUGUACAGAAUUUAAUCCAGAGGUUACAGCGGUGCUGGUAGCAAAGUUCCCCAAUAUAACAACAGAUGCCAUCCAAAAGUUGGGUAGCCAGUGCGUGGGCCUGACUGUUGGCCAGAUAAACUCUGCCCCCUCCAAUGUGUUGAACACUACACUGUCUACACUCAGUAUCAUCAGUGGCUGGGACCAGGGCCAAUUGAAUGCCCUCAUCCAGAGCAUCAUUAGUUCAGGCUUUAAUAUCGACAGUGCCUCCUCAGUCUUGUCACUGGGAACACUUAUUGGUGGUGUUCCUUCUGCAACCAUCUCCAUCCUCCCAUCUUCUCAGAUUAUGUCUUUAUCACAAAAUGUAACGUUCAUCAAUAACAUUUUAUCAGCACCAGUUAUUCUGCAAGAGACAUUUGUCCAAAAGGUAAUCUCUGUAGACCAAACUGAAGUGAUACAGAAUGUUCCAGAUGCACUGGUGAUGUAUAUUCCGCUUGUUCUAUUGACAUCACUGAGCUCUGUGGAAAUUUCACUCAUCAAUAACAAAAGCUGGAGUCAUGAACAGGCUAUGAUGCUGUUUGGUGCAGUGGCAAGUGCCAGUGAUAAUCCAGAAGAUCUGUCACCAUCAGUACUGCAGGGAUUCUCCUGUGGUUCAGUUCAGACUCUGCCAAUACAAAAGCCAAAGAUCUAGUGAAAGCCUGUAGACCACGUGCAGACAGAGACAAGGUUGUCCUGGAAGAGGCUCAGCUGAUCUGCAUGUACAACUACGUAAAACAAGAUCCAUUUGUUAACUUUACUGAUGUCCCCUCUGACCUGCUACUGUACUACAGCUAUGAGAAGAUAC